AUGACCAUUUCUCUUCCCACUGUACUCAUUGAAGUUGUACAACUGGAAAAACCAUCCGAUAAUAGCGAAUACGAUUUCAAAGGAAAUGAAUCUGGAUUCAACUCUCACCACUACCACUCUCACCUGUCACUAUCCUUGUACUGGUAUCUGUGGAAGACUCCCAAGAUACGUUUCCUUUCUACGAGAUGCGGUGACGGAGGACUUACAGUCAGUGAAUCCUGGCACAUGAAGGUUCGAAUGAAAUCACGAGGAACAGUGGAAUUUCCGCUCAUAACCCACACUUUGCUAAUGAAGAUCAUCGAAAAAAAGAAGUUCCCGCAGAAAUGCGACAUGGAAUAUGAAAUUUUACUGAAAGCACAGCACUAG